CUGACUGUUGUGUUGUCUCUUUCAGGCACUUCUAGGAUUUGACAGAGCCUGCACAGCACUUUGUCAGCAGGAGUGAACACCUGCAGGACUUUUCAGAAACGACGCCCAUUUAUGUGAUUGAAGCAUGACAGAGGUGAUGAACACACGGGAACCGGUGAUGGAGGAAUUUGCUCUCAGUCAGUCUCCUGAGGAGGAAGGGGGCCCUUCCAGCCAGGCUUUCCCAGACUCACGUGAGAAGUACCCCAAGCUGUCCAAGAGACUGCCAUCGAUUGUGGUGGAGCCAACUGAGUCCGGUGAGGUGGAGAGCGGGGAGCUGCGCUGGCCUCCCGAGGACCUGAAAUCAGCAGAAGACAAGGGUCUUCACGGUGACCAAAGAGUCUGUGUCCAGCAGCAGCAGCAGCAGAUGGAUCUGGAAGAUACUUUAGCGCAUCCAGCUCCAGAAGUGGAAGACAGCACAGAUACUCUUGAAAGCAGAACUGAAAAGGAUGAGUAGAAUUCCAUGGCCUCAGAAGUGAAACUUCAUUGUGAAUGUUGUUGACAAGCUAACACACUCUGAAGAUAUGUCAAACUAAUCUGUAUUUAAAUUUGCAAGGGUUUUAUUUAGUUAGUACCUGGUAGGAAGUGUAUGGGCUUUAGAACUGUUCUUUUCAACAUUUUGACUUUCAGGCUGAGAUUCAUAUUAUUUGUUUAGUUUGUCCAUAGGAAACAAAGGGACGUGUUAGGAAAUGCACCAUAGACCUGAGAUUAAAAGGAAAAAUGUUCCUAGUUUCAAUUAGCACAUUUCAUUGGAUUUACCUUUUUUAAGCAAGGCUGCUUUCAGGUAUCAACAGCAGGACCGAGGGGUUACAUUUCUCUAGAAGGGGUGUCUUAAUACUAAAACCUGUAUUGUUUUUAGCCAUUUAAAACUAGCACUGUGAUAUUAAGGACAAUAGUUGUAAUAUAAUGUCACCAUUUGAUUUUGUAAUUUUUGUAUAGAGACGCGAGUGUAAGAUCAGCCUCCAUCGCUACACAGGAUCUCCAGGCUGCCGCCUGGGCACAGAUCAGGGCAGAUCUCUCCCUUUGGCCAACCUGUGCAAAUUGAGGUGAACCAGCCUUGUGCUUACUGUCUUUUCAGUAAGGCUCAGAAGUUUCAGAAACACUUCCUUGCUGUACAUUGAUGAACUGGAAUAGCUAGUCACUGGUGUUCGUGGAGUGAGGCUGUUAUGUUUGUAGAUUUGGUUGGGUGGGUUGUGCUGUUUGUGUGCUCUUUGGGAACCAGGUCCAGCUGUGCUCUCCAUCGAAGGCAGUGAAUGGCUCCUGCUUUUGUUUAGGCUGGAUUUCACCUUGUUCAUAGAAGAUGUCGUAACUAUUCCUUUGGUAUGUUUUGUGUAUAAAAUAGAUGCAGAGGCUCAGCUCUUCCUUCCUUAACCCAAGCCACGCUGUGGUUGGGUGGGUGAAGGGAGCUCCAUGGCAUACCCCAACCUCCCCUUUCUUUUGUGGAGCCUUUUCACCUGGUGCCAGGUUCUCUCCAAGCCACAAGUGAAAGUGGAAGAGGGCCAGGCUGGUGAGACGCACAGCAGCCUCCAUCCUGCCCCUGAGGAGCCCUCACCCGACCUAGCCCCUCGGCUCUGGUCGCACAGCCAUCUCCAAGACCACAGCCCACAGUGGGAUGAGUUCUGCACAUAGUGGGCUUCGCCGGAUGCUCUUUGUCUCCCUGUCUGGAGAUGGAUCUGAGGGGCAUUUUCACAGAGGUGAGCUUGCUCCUGCACAGGGACCUUCCAGAGACUCCCUCCUGCUGGGCACCAUCCCAGGAGAAGUAACGAUUUUGGCCCAAAACAUUACCCCUUGGACAGUGUCGAUGGAGAUAAUGUAUAUUCUUAAAGGGUGCGACUGCUUCAGUGACAAGAGUCUUGAGAGCUAUGAAGCUGGAUGCCUCCGUCUCGGCAGGGCUGGACAGGGUCUGUACUUCCAAUUAAUGUUGCAGCCGGAAGAAGCUGCUUGCUGUGGGUGGAGUGAAAUAACAGGAUUUCUUCCAGCGUUAACUCCUGAGUUGACUUUCAAGUGCAUUUUUCUCUCCAGUAAUAAUUUUCUCUAAAGGAAACUUUCAAUUGUGUGAUGAUGGAUAAAAUUUACUGGCCAGAUGUAUUACUAAGAUACGUUUAUACCUUCUUAGCAACCAAAUUUAAUAUAUUUACUUACAAAGAAUUCUGUGCAAUGAAUGUUUAAUACAAAGGAAAGAGACUAUUUUACUUCAAAGCAACAUUAAUUUAUGUACAAAAUUAUAGCUCGUUAUUUGGGGUGUUUGGGAUCUAGAACCCUUUUUAUAAGCAGUGUAGUGUAGUAUAAUGUGAUAAUGAAGUUUAACUUUGCUCUCUUGACCUGUAUAACAACUUGUUCUGCCUUUCUGGUGUGGACAUCCUUCCCCAACCUGUCCCAAAAUUAUUCAUGGUGGUGGGUGCGCCAGACCUCAGCAGAGGUGCAGAAGAUUUUGGGAUCACCUCCUAUGUCUGGCUGCUGUGCCUGGGCACAGGGUGCCCUUUAAAUACUGCCCUAGCACUGGCUGGAGUUUGCUGGAGCUCUAGGGAAAAGCAGUGAUGAUGACGACGUAUUUUUGGCUGCGUGAUUUCCUUGACCCCGCGUCUGCCCAGCUCCGUGGGGAAUGAUGACAGACGUGUCAUUUGAUUUGCUUUUCACUUUGUGAAAGGAAAACCAUUUAUUUGGAACACUUCCCCUCAUUUUAUGUGCACUCUAUCUGCUUUCAGAUGCUCCCUCCCUUCCUGUUCUGGAUGGCCCUUAUCCCAUUUCCACCUGAGGUCAAUGGCACUUCCCUAAAUAAGUUUUCCAAAGAAACAACAAAAUGCAACAUCCACCCUGAUGAAAAGCCACACGAUGCUACUUUUUUUGCUCAUCACACACAGCACUGCAGCCCAUGCAGAAAUGCCAGAUUUCCUUCUUCCAUCCCCAUCACUCCCCUCUUUCCUGUUUCCUCUUUCUGCUGCUCCCUCUGAGUGUUUCAACUGAAGCAAAUGGAUGCUUCAGACCUAAGCUUUCCUCUGAAGCUCUGUGGCCCCAGUUUAACCAUCACACAGAGCCAAACUCCUCCUCCUGCUUUUAUUUUUCUGAGCAUGGGCCAGAGGCCCUUAAGUAGGUGAUCAGAUAGAGAGAAACUUGUUUUAUAUGAACAAGCCCUAUUUAUUCAACUUGCAGGCCUAUGAUUGUCCACUUAUUUUGUCUGUGUGCAAGUGUUGUCUCUAUGAUAAACUCAGUUGUUGUUUUGUAUUUUUUUCUGGAUGAAAAGCUUUGUAGAAACUAAAAAGGAAAAAAAAAAAAGACAUUGUCAUAUUUUUCUAGUCCAGCUUGUAGAAUAUUUCAUGUAGUGCAGAAAGGAAGUUUUAUGGAGUAAGACAUUGUUGGAUUUUGCUGUUUCUGUUCUUUCUAAUUUUGUAAAAUGCCACCUGUACAUAAUACUCAACUAAUGUAUGUUCUGUAGAUGUACUACACCAUUUAGCCUAUUAAAUGCCUAUAACAGACUGA